CUCUCUCCCUCCCUCUCUCUCGCUUUUCCAUCCGGUUGUUGUGGCGGCGGCGGCGGCGAUGGCGGCGGAGGACGUGGAGUUCGUGGACUACGAGCGGGACGAGGACGACGACGGGAUGGAGGACGAGGAGGAGGACGGGGAGGUCUCGGCCCGCGCGCUCCCCGUGCCCCACAUCGCCGCCCCCGCCGUGCCGCGCACCAGCAGGGGCCGCUUCGUCGGCCGCAGCCGCUCCGUCAUCGCCUCCACCCGCGACCGCUUCGACUCCAUCCCCUUCGCCGGCACCUCCGCGCACGGCGGCCCGCAGCGCUCAAUUGAAGGAUGGAUAAUAAUUGUCUCAGGAGUCAAAGAAGAUGCAGAAGAAAGUGAUCUGUAUGAUGCUUUUGCUGAGUUUGGUGAGGUCAAGGACUUGCAUUUAAACCUGGAGCGCCGCACUGGAUAUGGCAAGGGAUAUGCAUUGGUUGAAUAUGGAUGUUUUGAGGAAGCACAAACUGCAAUCAGAAGUAUGAAUGGGACACAGCUGUUAACAAAGACCAUCCAUGUUGAUUGGGCAUUCAACAGAGGUCCUAUACAGAACGUCACGAGUGCACGGUGCGAACUAAACGUGUUUUGUCCUGCAUUUCCUCUGGUUGAUAAAUCUUUAUGCCAAUUUGAUAUGAUACUUAAUUUGGACCACAUGCUUGUUACUGACAGUGUCUUCUUUGUGUGAUCUGUAUUUACAUUCUAUAGUUGUAUAUUUGUCCUUGCCAUUGCCCUGUCCUGAAAUUCUUGCAAGCUAGAUCUAUUGUUUUUCAUUUGCUCGCUACUACACAACAAUAUUACUUUCUUCUGUAAACCUAAUAACCUCAAAGAUUAUAACGUGAUUAAAUAGUCUUUCCUGGAGAAGGUUCAGCAUUGGUGAACCCGUAUCUCAUUUGGUUUCGUGAAAUGAAAUGCUUAGUAAUGCAGUAUAACUAGUUUUCUCAGAUCAUAUUGUUGGGAUUAGAUACGUCUAUCUUCCCUUGGUUUCAUGAUUAUGUGUAGAUUGCAAAUGAUAACACAUGUUUCAGUAAUCAUCCUAGGCUAAAUUUGUGAAAAA